UUCCAUCCAGAGACAGGACUCUGAAACUCUGGGCUUUUUCGUCUGUAUCUAAACCAAAUAACAACAAGUAUCCGAAACAUCCAUCAAUAACAUUUAUUCGACGGACUGCAUACAGACGGCUAAACGGCGAACACAUGGGAAGUACAGCAUUAUAAUAUGUGCAACCAUUCACGGUGCAUGAUUUACAGCAGUGGGAAAGUCACUUGUAAUAAUAUAUCUUAGAUUUGGAAGCUGAGGGAUGGGGAUCUCCCUGGCUGACGCUUGUUUUUCCAACAGUUGUGCUAUUUGGUUGCAGCUAAUCCAGAGUAGAGCGUAACAAGAUAGCUGCACCAAUGUAACCAAAGAUUGACGUUUGUUUGGCGGUAUGGAAUUCGUCUUCCACAUUCUCGUAUGUCAGCAGCCUUACUGGCGUCCGUUACCUUGGCUACCAGGUGUUUCGGUGGUGUUCAAAAUAGCUCGAAUUAAACUUGUUCACAACGCACGAAAUAACAGUAAGUUGGUUUUUUAUCCUAUUUUGAGGCGGAACAAGGCUAACUUUAGGCAAAUUAGAGACGUAGUCUGAGACUCAGGCUAAAUGUAUUGAGUUUUUAAGGACGUCGGCAUAAACUAAUUUAAACAUAGUCGGUUCAAACUCGUUAGGGAACCAAGAAUUAUCAAAAUAAAAGGUGAGCAUGUUUUCCUUUUUUACGAGUCUCUUUAGCUAUUGGUGCAAUGCGGAGAGUAGGCCUAUUUUCUGUAUUUAUAAUUGCCACAUGUAUCGCGUUAUGUCGGCCUAGUGUUACUAAAAUAUAUUUUAAUAGAGAAUGGAUAUUCGUGUUGGACGAGAAAUGGGCAACCUUUGCCAGUGUAUGAUUAACCGUCCAUCGUGAUAUUGGAAUUAAGUAGAAUAAAUUUCUCCUGCGGAGCGAGAAGGGAGUUGGACCCACUUUUGUUUGUGUGUGUGUGUGUGUGUGUGUGUGUGUGUGUGUGUGUGUGUGUGUGUGUGUGUGUGUGUGUGUGUGUGUAUGUGUGUGUGUGUGUGUGUAGCCUAAUCAUGCAAAUUGAUUAUGAUUUACGAAUCACAAAUGUAUGACAUUGAAUUGAACCACCACCACCAAAAGUUAUCAAAGGGACUACGUUGAGAAUUUCGACAUUCAUUAACCAUUUUCAAGUGCCAAUUAACAGGUUGUAAUAUAACCUAAAAAAAAGUUGACCUUGCCUAUGCCAACCGUAGAGCAGCCUGAGCUGAUUUCGAUUCUCUUUGAACCGGGACGUUUUUUCCUGUAAAAACGCGCAGAAAAUGGUUAGAAUGACUGUUGUUGAAUUACUUUUAGUUUGUAAACCGUUUUUUAUUAUUUUUAUUAAUAUACACAUUAGAAAUACAUUAGGGUAUUAUCGAUACUUUACUUUAAAUUAUUCUUCCGAAACUUCCCUACUCAACUCAAAUUCAUCUGCUUCAAACUUAAUGCUAGAAUAAUUACAACUGUACUAUCUUACUAUCCAAUAUUAUGUACUGUCUCAAAUCCUGCAUGUUUUAUAUUAUUUCAACUUUAAAAGUUCUAGAAUUGAUAGUGUACAAAAUGUUAACUAUCAAAAUCUAUAAAAUGUCACUGCUCCUCGAAUAUUUAGACCCCUAGACAUAGCCUAUUGAAAAAUAUUGCAGUGACAAUCUAAAUUCUUUAAGCAAUGGUGUUUUAUACUUUGACCGGACAUAACUUUCAACAUCUUUCUUAUCUUUAAACAGUUUGAAAACAUAUACAGAUACAUUGAUUCAGCUGGAAUUCGAAAACUAUGAUUAAAAAGAUGUGUUGAGCUGAGAGUUCUGGGAUAAGGGGGGCCUUUUUAUCCCAAUGGUUAAGCGCCAUUGCAACUAUGUGAUGCUUUUUUAGUACGUCUUUGUGUAUGAGCGUUAUAAUAAGUGAUGUUGUAUCUAAAAUGUGCAGACAGUUGUAUUGUAAGUAAGUGUCAGAGAAGCUUUACUUUGACGUGGACAAAAUAAACCUCUGCUCAGAAUGAGCUCCACACAUCCACACACACGUGGCGUUAUACUAUGAGUGUCUGAGAAGAAUAACCCACUCUCGGACACUGCCCUCCCCAAUAACCACUGGCCAGACUAAGCUCCAUGAAUCCACACACACUGUGGCGUUAUUGUAAGGGUCUGAGAAGCUUAACCCUCUCUUGGGCGCACCUGAUAUAGCUAAUGAGGACUAUCUUGCUUCCUUUCACCAAAAUAUAUUUUUUACAUAUAAAAUAAAUACAAGUUUAGAACCCAUACAAAAAAAGUUUUUUUUACUCACUUUCUAUUCCAAGUGUAAAAUAUUGUGGUUUGCGGAUGGGAGGGAUUAUGAUAAAUGAUGUGCAUUCUACAAUCUCAAGUCUACAAUCCCUUCUGAGAAAGUUUGUAUCUGAAAUCAAACUGUUGCUAUACAACUGCACACCCUCAUAUUAAAGCAACCUUUUUUCAUGUGCUGCAGGGCAAGUAAACAUGAGCUUGUAGCACCGGCUGUUGUCAAGAUGAAUGAUCAAAAUGUAUAACAGAUAGAGAUAAGUAUAGGUCUAUGAAUGCAGUUGACCCCUUUGGAUGCAAUAAGAGGACAGUGUUUAGAAACGUGAAUAGGCUUUUACCUCCGUCAUGUCCUACAACAUGUACAGUAACCGUCGGUGACCAUGAAAAAGAUCCUCAAAUGUGAUUGGUUAAACUGAUAUAUUCAUAGGCUACGGUCGUCAAAAAUCAACCUAGGAGAAAAAUGUAUGUUUUUGCAAUACUACAUUGAGGCGUAUAGGAUACUGUCCCAUUGACUAAAUAUUGCUUUAAAUGUAUAAGGAUCUUAACGUAUAAGCUAUGAUCUAUGCUUUUACAUUAACAGACAAAGUAACUCAAUACAAAUCAUAGAUCUAUCAAUGAACCUCAACCAUCCAGAACACUAGCAACUGUGAAUAACCCCCUAGCAACCAUCGAGAACACCCAAAAAGCAGCAUAACAGUCACUAUAAAACCACAGCACUAUACUACGUCACUCUUCUGUACAUUUCCAAUACACCAGGUACAUUUUUUUUUGGCACAAUACAAUUUCUUCUGAAGUUGUACAUUUUCUUGUGUAUGAUUGCUAUUGUUUUAAACCAGGGGGCCGCUGCUCUGAAUGCAAAGGCUUGUGGAGGCUGCAGUUCACUUAUUGGUCAAAGGGGUCAGUAAUGAGAAGGAAUUUCUGUCUCUUUAAAUAUGAAAAUAUAAUUGUAUCAUUGCAGAAAAAACGGAAUCCACAACCAUUCCAUAGAUAUAUCGGUAAACACGCGUUUGCACUGCUGUUAGCAAUUCGAAGUGCAAUUUUUUACUUGAUUAUUUCAAAGGCUUGGCAAAUGAGCCAAUUUCCUAUAGUCUUAGCAAUACUUAAGCCAAUUAUCUCCACCCAGGAUGAGGCCUCCUGAAGAAGGAAAGUCCAAGUCCUCAGCCUGCACCAAAGUUGGGUCCCUAGACAAAGAGAUGACUCCCCUGGAUGACCUCCCAUCACAAACAAAGAACAAGAAGAGGAAAAAGAGACUCUCUAUCAACAUGGUGAACUGCAGGUACGAAAGUGUGCGUCGCACAUCGUACCGUUUUGGCCUGCGAGAAUCGUUGGAGGGCGAAGACUUUAACCUGUACUGGACUGACACCAGCGUCACGCUGGACAGACUGGUCGGCAUCAAACCCUACCAGAAGGUCAACCACUUCCCUGGCAUGAUGGAGGUGUGCAGGAAGGACAUGCUGGCCAGGAACCUCAACCGCAUGGCCAAGAGGUUCCCCAAAGACUACAGUUUCUUCCCCCACACCUGGUGCCUGCCAGCAGAUUACAGUGACUUCCAGGCAUAUGCACGAGCGAAGAGGCACAAGACGUUUAUCUGCAAGCCGGACUCGGGGAGUCAAGGCAAGGGGAUAUUCCUGGUCAAGUCUGCCAGGGAGGUUCCUCAUGGGGAGCACAUUAUCUGCCAGCUUUACAUAGCCAAGCCACUGAUCAUUGACGGUUAUAAGUUUGACCUGAGGAUCUACGUGCUGGUGACCUCCUGCGACCCCUUCCACAUCUUCAUCUACAAGGAAGGACUGGCCCGCUUCUGCACCAGUCAAUACUGCCAGCCUGCUAAGACUAAUAUGGAGAACAUCUGCAUGCAUCUAACCAACUACGCCAUAAACAAGCGCAGUGAGAACUUUGUGCGUGAUGAAAAUGCAGGAAGCAAAAGGAAGCUUUCAGCAUUGACCUGCCUCUUGCAGGAGAGAUCCUGUGACGUCAUGAAGCUGUGGCUCGACAUCGACGAUCUGGUCAUCAAGACUCUGGCGUCGGCCCACUCGGUCCUGAGUCACAGCUACCACACCUGCUUCCCCCGCCACGCCCUGCCAGGCUCAAACUCAUCUGGAGCCUGUUUUGAGCUGCUGGGUUUCGAUGUGUUGCUAGACCAGAGGCUGAAGCCAUGGUUACUGGAGGUGAACCACUCUCCCAGCUUCACCACCGACUCUGCCCUGGACCGUGAGGUGAAGGACCGCCUGCUGUCCGACACGUUGGUCCUGGUGAACUUGACGGCGUGCGACCGCCGACGGGCUGAGCAGAACCAGCGGCGACAGAUCAGAGCCAGGCUGCAGCGGGGUCACUGUAGAGAGAGCAUGGAGGAGCAGGCUGUGGAGGACGCACAGCGGGAACAGAGGGUUCUUCGGUACGAGGACGGCCACCUGGGAGCCUACCGGAGGAUAUUCCCCAGGGAAGGCGGCGACAAGUACGACAAGUACUUCCUGCACAGCUCCUCGCUGUUCCAGGAAACGGCUGCGUCCCGGGCCAGGGAGAAGUGUACCAGGGAGCAGUUGCAGGAGCUGUAUGAGAAGCAGCAGAGCAACCGAACCAUCGCGGAUCGCUGGCGGGGGCUGCAGGGGGAGUCGGCGGGGGAGAAGCGAUGUAGGACCUCUCUGUCUUCCCUUCCCCACCACACGAAAACUAACACGCAUGCCGGGAGUACUCCACACUUACUGCCGGCGUUGCCUGCGGCAACAGUCUGCUGGAGGAAAGAGGAAGUAGAGGAGGAGCAGAAGCGACUGCGGGAGUUACGUCUCCGUGAAAACCUAAUAAGAAACCUCGGUGUGGCCAAACAGUUGUACAACAUGUUCCACGACGCGCCGUCAUCCAAACAGGCCAACGCCCCGCUGUCUGUCCUGACCGAAUCCCACCUGCUUCUCAGAAGGAUGACCACCAUGCUGGAGCCCUUAAGAUCUGAUGGAAGGAGCUUUCAGAUUGUGCCCACUCUGAGCGUCAGUACUGAAUGUGGGAUGGACUUUGCCUCUCUGAACCCACCAUCACAUCCAAUCUCCAACCAUCUGCCCCCAAGCGGUUCCCCCAAGCGGUCCAAGCCCAAGUCUGAGCCAAGCCUUUAUCAUCGUCAGCAGCAGCACCAUCCUCCCAUCAGCACCGACCAGAACCCCCAGCCAGUCCCGCUAAACUCCCAGAACCCCCAAGGUCCGACCCAGGCCAUGAGUGAGCCCCACAUCAGAGCUCAGUACCAACCCCACCCGUGGGCCCCCCAGCAGCUGUUCGGCCCAGACUCCCAGGGCCAUGCCCAGCUCCGGGUUCCCACUCCAGGCCAGACUCACCCGGGAAAACCCCUAAGACCACAAGCCUCCGCCGCCGCAUUGCUUAACAGCUGUGUUGUACAGACCAGUGUAACCGUGAAGGCCAGCAAAAGACAUGCCUCACUACCCAAUGCAAUGCAUCUCUCUCAUCCUUCCUGUCCCAUCACAGCCAGUGGGUCCUUCUGUAAACUAGGGUCCACGAAGAGUAACUUUGCAGUGCGAAGAUCUCGUGGCCAUACAAACUCAUGGCACCCCUCUCAGCUGAUAUGUCCCACAGGCGUCUAUAGCGACCUCCACAUUGUGUCUGGUCCCGCCCCCAUCAAUAAACGACCCAGCCAAUGUCCCAUCAGGCACAGCAAAACCCCCAGAUGUGGCACCAAACGGUGAUACCUCCCUGGCCCCAUGCUCUGAGGCGCAUGGACCAGCAUUAGGAAGCAUUUCCAGAGACGCAUCGCCCCCACCCCCCCCCCCCCCCCCCCCCGAAGAUGUCCCAAGGAGAGAGCGACUUUAAAAGAGCCAGAGAGAAGCAGGACAACACCAGACCUAAAUAUCUGCAUUUUUAUCAUAUUUUUAUUCAUUUUUAUGUUUAUAUCUUGGUGGAUUUAUUAGACAAACAUGUUUAUUGUUAUGUAUGCUGGUGGGAAAAUAAGUGCUUUAGUUUUAAAUAGUUUCAUUUUGUUAUAAAUGAAUGAAUUAUUUUGUAAUUAUUAUGGUAUUACUGUGUAGUUGUUGUUGUUUUAUAUUGUUAGUCUUCUCCAACUCAGGAAUGUGUCAUUAGAAUAUCAGGAAAUUUGCAACUGAUUGAUAUUCCCCAGUGUUCUGUUGAUCUUGCUUCCUGCUGUCAACAACAGGUUUGACCGAAGGAUGCAUUUAAGUAGUUCUCCUGCACUUUUAUAGGGUUUCCUGUUUGGAGGGCUUGAAUUGCUUGAGAGGCUGUCUGUGGUCAUCUUAGAUAUAUAGAAUACAAAUAAUAAAAGACCACCGUACUGUUGUUUCUCAGUUA